UUUGCUUAUCAGCGUACACAUAUCAUUCAUACAAUCACUACCCCAUCGGAAUCUCUUCUCAAGGAGCUACAAACCGUGGAGGAAAUGAAGCACCAAUGUGACACGAAAAGGGAGGCGUACGAAGUCAUGAGGGCAUCUUAUGGACAAAAAGGACAGUCAAAGAAUUCAAAAGUCGAAUCGUUUUCUGCAGAACAACUGCAAGAUUCACUUGUUGAAUACCAAGAGGAUGCAGCGUUGUUCAUAUUUCGCUUGAAAUCUCUGAAGCAGGGGCAAUUCCAUAGUCUUUUAACACAGGCUGCUCGCCAUCAUGCUUCUCAGCUAAUUUUUUUCAGGAGAGGACUCAAGUGCCUUGAGGCACUUGAACCCCAUGUAAAAGCAAUAGCUGAGAAACAGCACAUUGACUAUCAGUUCACCGGCCUUGAGGAUAAUGAAUCUGACAACGAUGGCUCCAGCUCUUACCAAGAGACUUGUAGUGAUGACAGAGAACUGAGUUUCGACUAUGAAAUAAAUGAUAGAGACCAAGAUUUUAUUGCUUCGAGAGGUUCAAUGGAUUUGGAUAAAGGAGACCUGAGGACUUCCCCAACGCCAAUAAAAGAGAUCAAGCAGGAAGAGGUGAAGCUACUGAAGGCAGAAGCAGCAGCUCCACAAGUGAAGCCUGAGAUCAUCACACAUUCAGCUCCAAUGUUUGCUGACAAUUUUGUCGAUCAAACAGAGAGGCUUCGGCAAAUCCGGCCAUCUUCAGCCCGGCACUCAUACAAACUCCCAACACCAGCGGAUGAUGACUAUCCCAGAUCAGCAGCUGUUCACAGGUCUCAUCAUUCCGCGCAUUUUUUCGGAAGUAAAGAUGGCGCUGCAGCCAACUUGUGGCAUUCAUCUCCACCGGCGAAAGAUUACAAGGCGAGCACCAUGCAUAGUGGUCCCAUUAAACUGCCAUCAAACUCUGAUUUUAGUAAGAAGUUAAAGAGAGAGUCCUGGUCUGGUCCGAUUCCAAGCAAAGCAGGAUCAAGCAAGCCUGAUCCCAAGUCAUCCAUGGGCCGUCCUCAUGCGAUGAUAUCCAAGUCGUGUGUUCAUGCUAGGCAGCCGUCACCAGUUUCACCCAAGAUGUUCCCACCUUCAAUAGUAUCCCCCAAAAUCAGUGAGGUUCAUGAGCUGCCUAGGCCUCCAGCCAAUGUUGAGCCCCUCCGGCCUUGUGGUCUAGUUGGCUACUCCGGUCCUUUGGUAUCAAAGCGCCAAGCUCCUACAGCACCUGUCCGUGCCUCGCCAACAGCGUCGCAGACAGCCUCGCCGCUUCCGCGGCCACCUGCUUCCUUGGCUCGCAGUUUCUCCAUACCCUCGAACAGCCAGAGAACACCCCUCAUUACAGUCAAUAAGUUGCUUGAGGCCAGAAGUAGCCGAGAGAGCAGUGAAAUUUCCUCCCCACCACUCACUCCGUUGUUUUCUUCUACCAGCCAACACAAAAAACAAUUAAAGGCAGCACUCGGAGAAAAGGGUAUGUCAUAGAUCAUGUCUUCCCAUUACACCUAAGCUGCAUCCAGUCUUGCUAUUGCAGCGGUAGUCGCAGAUGAUUUAACAAUAGCUUAUCUGACAACCAUCAUCUAUUGUUGUACCACAGAAUCCUUGUGACAACUACCUGCCAAUUGUGGAUCGUUCUUAGACAAUUUUGAUGUAAUUAGUGGUGUAUUUUAGGCUCUUGUUCAUAAUAUUCUAUCACUUUAGCGUUUGUCUUGUGAAAUGAUAAAUAAUACCGUGAAGCAAUUUACUAUGAUUAUGUAUGGUGGCAGUUCUUUGUA